GGAGGCGGCGGCAGCCGCAGAGGCAGCUGCAGGGACCUCUCCAAGUUUGUCGGGACCUUCUUCAGAGGCAGUGGUGCCGGCAGCCAGGGAGGCCAGGACUGCGCUCAGACCGGGGGAGGAGGGCUGGGGCUGGGCCCGGGGCGGCGGGGCCGGAGCCUGGGUUCUCCAGCUCUCGCAUCAGCCUCUGCCCACAGGGCGCCCGAGGCCGCACUCCGCGCUGCUCUUUGCACUGCGCGCCCUUCGAGCCCUCGGUUCCCGGGCCCAUGUACUGGAAGCAUGAGAGCGCCGCCCCGGCGCUGCCCGAGGGCUGCCGGUUACCGGCGGAGGGCGGCCCCACCACCGACCAGGUGAUGGCCCAGCCAGGGUCCGGCUGCAAAGCGACCACCCGCUGUCUUGAAGGGACCGCUCCGCCUGCCAUGGCUCAGUCAGACGCCGAGGCCUUGGCAGGCGCUCUGGACAAGGACGAAGGUAGAGCCUCCCCAUGUACGCCCAGCACACCCUCUGUCUGCUCGCCGCCCUCUGCAGCCUCUUCCGUGCCGUCUGCUGGCAAGAAUAUCUGCUCCAGUUGCGGUCUCGAGAUCCUGGACCGGUAUCUGCUCAAGGUCAACAACCUCAUCUGGCACGUGCGGUGCCUCGAGUGCUCCGUGUGUCGCACAUCGCUGAGGCAGCAGAAUAGCUGCUACAUCAAGAACAAGGAGAUCUACUGCAAGAUGGACUACUUCAGCCGAUUUGGAACCAAGUGUGCCCGGUGCGGCAGACAAAUCUAUGCCAGUGACUGGGUGCGGCGCGCGCGCGGCAAUGCCUACCACCUGGCCUGCUUCGCUUGCUUUUCCUGCAAGCGCCAGCUAUCCACGGGCGAGGAAUUCGGCCUGGUUGAGGAGAAGGUGCUUUGCCGCAUCCAUUACGACACCAUGAUCGAGAACCUCAAGAGGGCCGCCGAGAACGGGAACGGUCUCACGUUGGAGGGGGCAGUGCCCUCGGAACAGGACAGUCAGCCCAAGCCAGCUAAGCGCGCGCGGACGUCCUUCACCGCAGAGCAAUUGCAGGUUAUGCAGGCUCAGUUCGCGCAGGACAACAACCCCGACGCGCAGACGCUGCAGAAGCUAGCGGACAUGACGGGCCUCAGUCGCAGGGUCAUCCAGGUGUGGUUUCAAAACUGCCGAGCGCGUCAUAAAAAGCAUACACCGCAGCACCCAGUGCCGCCCUCUGGGGCACCCCCGUCCCGCCUCCCCUCCGCCCUGUCCGACGACAUCCACUAUUCUCCGUUCAGCAGCCCAGAGCGGGCACGCAUGGUCACCUUGCACGGCUACAUCGAGAGUCAGGUACAGUGCGGGCAGGUGCACUGCCGACUGCCUUACACCGCGCCCCCUGUCCACCUCAAAGCCGACAUGGAUGGGCCGCUCUCCAGCCGGGGUGAGAAGGUCAUCCUUUUUCAGUACUAACUCUGCCGGCCCUUGCACAUCUGUCCAUGGGCACCACACAGCUGCCCCUCAGCCGCUGAGCAUCCAGCGUCCAGCUGUGGCCAGGGAUCCACCGCCUCUGCACACACCCGCCUCACCCGCUGCCGCCCUGCCCUCUGCCAGUGGCCCCAUCAACCCAGGCCCGGUAUUUCCCUCUCCUGCUGAGAACCAGAACGCGCCAGGAGCAGCAGAGUCCCUCUCUGGGAAGGCAGGCUCCCUGAAAUGUGGUAUCAGCAUGAAAACAAGCAGCCUGUCUUUCCUCAUCAGCUGGGAGUCUU